AAUAAAUUUCCAGGAAAGAGCCAAAUUAUGUUUUAGUGAAACAAAUAAUAUAAAGACCCUUAUGUAGAUGGAGAUAAGAGAACAGUGCUUAAGUUCGCAGUUUAAUGAUUUCUGAUUAAUCUUUCUUAGUAAUUGUGGGUAUGAGAGUAUGUGUAAGAUGCUAUUCCUUUUCUUUGUCCCAAUGGAGAACGAAAUAACCAGUCAUGCUUUUUUUAGUCUUGCAAAUUUUAGAAGUUCCAAAUCUUUACGUAUGAUGGAAGAAGACGUUACAGUUUUAAGGCAGCUGCUUAGCAACACAGCUUUGCUGUUUCGCAGUUGGGCAGCCCUUCCCACACACUGCAGUGGGACGUACGUCAUUUCAUGGUGACUUGCCUUCCAACUUUUCCUUUGAGUUAGUCUUAGAUCACAGAGAAAAUGAAACAAUAGCAGUUGGAAAGUAGAACAGGAACCUUUGGUGUCUUAACUGAUUUUUUUUUUUUUUUUUAAAUCAUAAGAUGAUUAAUGCUUUAAUAUCCUUCUGCAAUAAGCACGUUCCAGAAGUUCUGGCUAAGAAAGCUUGGGUGAAGCCCAAGAGUUAAUUCAAACCACUUGGGGAAGCCCCCCUGAAGAUCCCACUCAGUUGGUCCCAGCAUUUGAUGUAUAGCUUCUAUAUAAAUGUGUGCAUGCACGUAUUUCCAAUUGUUCUGCUGCUGCCCAAACUCAAAAACAUUUUCAAUAGCAGGAAGGGUUGCAUUUGGUAUGAGUGGGUGCUGGAGAAGAUAAGCAAUGAAAGCAGAGAUUGAUCAGGCUUCUGUAUCUCAACAGAGAUGCAAGAAUCAAAGUAAGUAGCCCAGGAAUGCUAAUUUCAAGAUUGAAGUCACCUAAUCACUUUACUUAGUGGCAACUGUCUGUGGCAAAUCUUUGCUGCACUUGAAGCUUUGUUGCAAGUUACCAAUGCCUGUCUCUUGAUAGAUGUCAGUGAAGCACAGAUAAGGUGAUAAAAAAGACUCUUUGUGGUUUUCAGUGUACUAUCAUGGGAUCUAAGAUAAAUGGAAGAAAAAAAUUUCAGCAGGGCCAUAACAGACUAAUACUAGCUUUUUCUUUUCAGUUAUGUAACAGUGAAGUAAAGCAAUCUUACAAGCAUUUUCCAUUUUAUACAUUCUGUUAUCAGCUUUUCUAUUUGAAGCUGAGGAUUUCAAAGUGAUUUAGAAGGCUGAAUUGCCAGUUGUUCAUACAGUGCUGUAUUAUUUGAAACAAUAACUGAAUAAUAAACCAUCACAGAUCCUCUAAGUUAGGGAUAAGUGACGUAUAAUUAAGUAUGAUGAUAUUUUUCUUUUGGAUUCACUUGUACUGGGGGUAAACCAGCUUUGUAAGCGAGUGACAUAGAAUUUAGUUUUGUAACUUGGAAGUUGAGGUCCAUCAGUGCUGUAAGCUCAGCCUUUUAGAAGGUGAUGAAGGAAGGGUACCUGACAAAAUUCACUUAACCAACCAUGGUAGAUAUCUUUCUUUAUUAUAGUGAUCUGCAUACAGAUAACAACAUUUUUCAUCAUACUCUCAGAAACGGACCACAUUUGUCCAGCUUUUAUAUUAUGUAAUUCAUGGCCGAGGCGUUACUGUGUUCCUAGGCAUUCCUAGGUAAAGUUAGCAGAUGCUGAUUUCUACAAAACAGACAUAGAAUAAAAUAAGGAAAAAACCUCUCUCAUAGGGAAUGUUGUCUAAUGUUUCCUUUCGAUACUGUUGUCAGUGCAAUUGGAAUGAGUUUUUGAAAAGAAAAAAGCAUGGGUUUCUAUGAUGUAACCAAGUGUAAGUGUAGUUUUCUGUGCACGUGAAAAAGCAAUUUAGUACAAGGUUUUGUGUCCAAAUAGGUAGAAAUGAUUUAUCUGAGUAGAAUAUCCUUGCAAAAGAGAUCAGGUAGCGUUGCAGAGCCACGUUAGCAGGAAUGUAUUUCUUACAAUGAUACCAUACCAAAAAUCUUACUACUCUCUUGUUUGGUAAACCUCUUGUGUGAUGAAUCACCAAUUUUAGGAACUGGCAUUAAUUUUCUUUGUUACUCUUGGUUGAGACAAAUGAUACUGCUGUGGGAGAGAGAUCUUAAGAAUACCAAGUACUUCUAAGUUGCUAUCACUGAAACUUAAUGAAGGUGGGGAAAGCCUGUGAUUGGAAAAUGGGUAAGUGAAAUGACUAGUUUAAAAAUUAACUUUCAAGUGUCUUAGAGUUUAUGAACGAGAAGAACUAAUAAAAUAAGCUCCAUUUAUAUUUCUGCUGGAAAAAAAGCUGGAUAUUCUUUACCAAUAGUUAGCUAUAUUUAAGGAUACAAAAAGCAUUUGGAGUUCCUGAGGAAGCAAUCUCACUUAUUGAGGUCUGAGGUUGGUUCUGACAUUGUUAGCCAGAAAGGGGCUAGUAAUGUCCUAGAGAUGUGGGACUUCCUCUUUGACCUGUUUGUCCAGUAUCAUAAAAGCACACUGCACAACUGAAUUAGCUUUGUAUCAAAUAACAUGGGUGGUAGUAUUCGCUUUUUACAUGUCUGAGGCUGAAUAUAUAUCUAGAAAACCAUAAGGUGCUGGCUGUUACAGUUGUUUUGCUAAAUCCUUGUAUUUCCACAUGAAGUCAUCUUCUGAUAUCAGUACACAAGACCUGGAUCUGAAGAUGUUAGUGUAGCAAUCCUUUCUAUACUGCGUGAGGUUUUGUGGUGUUUUCUUAGCAUGUCUUGUAUUUUCUGUAGAAAGAUUGAGCAGCACCAGGGUGUUAAUUAGAGUUUUUGCAAUGUGUUGAUUAAAUGUUAGAAGUAUGUGUUGAGUAGAUCCAGUGAAACCGGUUUUUGAAGUAAAAUACAAACACUCUUGCAUUCAGACUUCCUCCAUAAACAAAUGAUUGUGAUUCAUCUUGCAGCACUUCAUGAACUGUGUGCUUCUUUCCUGGUUAGCUGUCUGCUCUAUGAAAACCGGGUUUGCAGACUGCAUUUCAUAUAUUCAACAGGCACUAAAAUGAUAGCAAAAAUAGUUUUCUAUUUUAGUUUCUUCUUUGAAGAUCCUCGUAAGUUGAUAUGGAAUUUCUCAAGAGUGAACGAUUUGUUAAACACCAGGGUGGAGUUGAUAAAACUGUACCAGACUGAGGCAGAAAUACAUAUUUUCAUAUGUGGCACCUGCAUUCUCUACUUGAUGGCAAUCUGAAUGUUUACAUACUGCCAAAGCAAUUGAGGCAUUGUGGGAGCUGCUGCUGUUCUUGCUUUGACAAGAAUGGUGUGACUCGGAGCCUGCAUUUAGUCAUGGGGUAAGCAUGCAAGUGCAGAGCAUGCCUUGUGCAGCUCCUGCUGUUUUGUUGUCCUUGGAGGAAUGUAUUCUAACUUCCUUCUCUUCUCUGCAAUACUGACAGUCGGUAAGAAGUACUUCCAAUGGCCAUUUAGUUUUCUGUAUUAACAUUUCACUUUCUUCAUUUGAGCUGCUCAGAUGUUUUAAGAUUUUUGGUAGGUUCAUACAGAUCAUCCACAAGAACUGUUGUACAUUGUCAUGUUUCCUACGAGAAGCUCAGAGGGCCCCGUAUAGAAGUUCAUUGUUGUGACAAGUGUUGUACAGAUGGUAGUCCCAGCAGGAAGGACAGUCAGGAUUUGAGGAAGGGGAGCAUGCUGCCAUCUUCCACUGACAGUGCCAUCUUACUGCAGCAGAGACAGGACAUGCCAUGCAGCCUGUAGGACCAUUCCUGCCGCCCUUGGCCAGGAGAGGUCCCUCAGGGUGUGAGGGAGCAGGCCUUAGCUCAUCAGUUCUGCAAAGAAUGGAGCUAAGUUGUGCUCUUGCCAUGUGAUAUGGCUGGCACGGUGGUCUACAAACUCUUCCUGCAUUUCAUUAAACUCUCUAUAUAUGAAUUUGAUACUCUUAACAGCUGGAUGAGGUCUCUUGCAUAGUAAUAGUAUUGUUGUAAAGCAUCUGCCAGAUGUAGGGGCUUAUUGCCCCCAGACACCAGUCUGUACAGCUGCUAAUAUCAGCUUUCUGCUCUCUUUCUGUCCAUGUCACUACUUUUCUUCUUGCUUCUUCAAAUGUUUUCCACCUCUGCAGACUCAGCUUUCUAAAGGUCUGUCCUAGUGCCCAUGGACCCAUUCCUACAUUAUUUAUUAAGAUUUCUCCUACCUUAACAUUAUCGGAUUUAAGCAACAAUUAGUUUGUCCACUUUCCCAAAUUUCUGGGUUUACUUCUGUGCAUCCGUAGAAGCCUUCUGUAAGCUGAUCAGAAAAGUCACUGCUUCUGGAAUGAUCCUAAAGAAUCUGGAAAUGCUGAGCAAACUCUGGGACUCACUGAGAUGGGUGCUUAUUAGAGGUUUCAUGUUAAAACGCUGACAGGCAAGAACUGCUGCUUUGCACCUGUUGUGUUGUUCGUGCUGCUUCAUCUGCAGCUGCCUCCUCUGUCCCGCCCAGUUCCUCUUAGCAAAGUUUGCAUCUUCUGGGGAGCUGAGGUUUUGGAGGACAAAUCUACAAACUGCUUCAAAUGGCAGAUUGUCUUCUAAGGUGUACCAUGCCCAUCAGGGCUUUGGUAUGUUACUGCCGUACAUUUGUGAAUAGCAAACUAAAUAGAUUUUAAUACUGUGGGGAAUUUAGGAUUAUCUCUUGGUGUCAGUACUGGAAGAACCAUUUACAGUUGUACCUUCAAAGAAGAGAGUGCUUUGCAUUGAUGAGUGAUGGUUUCUUUAAUAGUGUUCUUCAGACUACAGGGCUUAAGCAAAAAGCAUUUCAGUAGCAUUUAAUACUUAAAAGUGUAGCUGGUCUCCAGAUCCUACCUAUAUUAACCUUAAAUUUUCUCACUGUUUCUGGCAUUGCUUGUGCUUCAGAAGAGAGAUUGCUUGUGCUGGCACAAAACUAUGAUAUGUUUCAUAGAUUUAUUUUGAACCUGCUUGCUGUCAACCUUGCUCAUACAAAUGUUCCACCUGAGACAGUACUGCUAACAAACAUUAACUUUUUUAUUAACACUUUAAAAAGCUGCCAGAUGUUUUGGUGAGUGAAACAUGUACAUGUGAAAAUCACAGUCUGUACCCUUAGUGACAUUCUAAAUAGAGCAGGAGGCAAACCAGAAGGAAGGGGGAUCAGGACAAAUGUGUUAAGAAAUCAAGAUGGAGUGACUGUGUUUUUUAGGGUUACAUUUGUGGUUGGUUUUUGUUUUGUGGUUUUUGUUUCUUUUACACAUAUGUAGUAUUGACCUGAUGCGUGCUUUUGUUUAGAACCAGUUCAGUGUCUUCUGAGCCUAUCCAGGCAAAAGGAAUUUCACAUAGUCCUUCUUUUGAGGAAAACAUAACAGAAAAGGAACAACACAGGUGUACAGCAGAUCUCAAGCUAAAUGUCAGAUAGGGGGCUGACACGAGACUAAGGUGACUUUGAUGAGUUUGUGAUGACGAACAAUGAUGUUGUACUCAAAAAUAUCGCUGAAGAUUUGCGGAAUCAUUUACCCAUUGAGGCAAUAUUUAAUUCGGAACAUCUAGCUAUCCAGAAAAUACAUCAACAUCCACUGCCCAUGGUUCAUGUUGAUGCGUUCCUUUAUGAUGAUGACUUUGUUGAUACAAUGUGUGAGGAGGGGAGAAUGAGUAGGAACUACUGCACAGAGUGUGGCUCAUACAAGACUGCAUCUUUAGAGUUUAUUUCGCAUUCCUUUUCCCUCAUGGAACUGAAGUUUCUUUAUCAACAUGUACUGCCUGACCUGACAGGAAAGGUAGUGGUUGACGUUGGCUCCAGGCUUGGUGCAGUGCUAUUUGCGGGUUAUCUUUAUAGCUCAGCAUCCCAACUGUAUGGAGUAGAAAUGAAUGCAGACUUUUGCCAGUUGCAAGAAAUGACAAUUACAAAAUACCAGUUCAUUGACAGAAUAAAGGUGGUUCACGCAGACAUCUGUACUCAGGCUUCACUUCUUCAGAAGGCUGAUGUUGUUAUAAUGAAUAAUGUCUUUGAAUAUUUUCUUGACAGACUGGAACAGGCCAAAGCUUGGGAGUUUAUUGCUUGUAAUGUAAAGAAAAGAGGGUCCUUGUUAGUUACAGUUCCAAGCCUUAAAGAAUCACUCUCAAAGCUCCAGACGGAUAUACAGCUCAGCCAAUGGGUAGAAGAGGUGCAGCUAAACUAUGAUGUAUAUGUGGAAAAGGAUGUUGACAGAGAAGCACUUGAACAAAUACAUUUAUACAGAAUUCUGUAGUACCUGGAAAAACUUAUUAAUAUCCUUGCAAUAUCGUAUAUUUUGAGUCCAAAAUGAAUUCUGAUUUAUAUCUAUGAAUAAAUUGAGUAAAAUUUGU